AAGGACACUUAAAAGAAAAUUAGAAUAUAGAAGUAGGGUAUUUGAAGCAAUUUGUUUAUUUAACAGAGUGACGCGCCUAAAUCAAUGGAGAUCACAUGCGAAUCACCUCUACGCCCUGAUCUCCCUCUCUAUUCCACCGCCCUAUUUCAGGCACCAACUACUCCCAACCCUCGCCGCCGUUUCUUCAACUGCCGGCGAUAAUGACGACGUACGGCACGAUUCCGACGUCAUCUAGCGGAGGUACGAAUCUCGAAUUCCUAACUCGCGCAAGAGACCGCAUACAAACAGGACUAGGCACCCGACGGCCAUGGAAGGAGAUGUUCAACCUCGCUUCGAUCAACUUUCCUCAAAGCGUCUCCGACGCGUUUUCUCGAAUUAAAACGAACAUUGGAUACUUCCGCAUGAACUAUGCUAUUGUUGUGCUCAUUAUUUUGUUCCUGAGCCUGUUAUGGAAUCCGACCUCGUUGAUCGUAUUCACGGUGUUGAUGGCGGCGUGGUUGUUCCUCUACUUCCUCCGCGACGAACCUCUAACGAUUUGUCAGAGUGUGAUCGAUGAUCGUGUGGUGCUUGGGCUUCUAUCUGUUGUUACGAUUGUUUUGCUGCUGCUGACUGACGCCACGAUGAACAUACUGUUGUCGAUUUUGGGUGGACUUGUACUUGUUGUGAUUCACGCUGUUUUGAGGAAGACGGAUGACUUGUUUUUGGACGAAGAUGGCCUCGAAGCAGGGGGCUAUCUAGUUGCUUCUUCACCGUAGAGAAGGUAUUUUCUCAGUGUCAAUUGCAGCUCUGUGUUUGUUAAUUUCCUGUUAUACUGGUAAAUUGUGUUCAUUAAGUGAGAAACGUGAUUCGUGAUUCGAGAUAGGAGGAGCUGCUGAUUGUUUUUUUUUUUCAAACGAAAUUACUUCUGUAUCUACUUGAGAUUAUGUUUGUGCACGAAAGGGUAAUUCCAAUUUGACCCAACAGAGUUGUUUGUAGAUGUAUGCUUUAUAUUCAAAUCAAACAUUCUUUUAAUAAGUUUGUAAUUCCUUCGAUUA